UUUUCAGUGUUUUGGCUUUUGCAAUGUUUACAACUUGCAUGUGGUUCCUUAAAAAUAGCUGCUUUAUUUAGUAAAUUUAAGUUAAAAAAUGUCGAAUAACAAUGAAAAACCUAGCGUGAAUGGGACUACUGAUCCUCUUCAAAGAUUGGCAUCUUUGAAAGCGCCAAGGGAUUUAUCACUCGGUGGUGCUAAACCAAAUAAAAAAGUUUUUACCCCGAACCUUAACGUUACUAGGAAUAAGAAUAAAGGGCCCUCAACCUCUGGCUCAAGGGAUCAGAAGAAAGAUGACAAAAACAAAAGAAACAACAGGAAUGAUAAGAAAAACUUUAAUAAAAAUGGCCCAAAUAUAAUCAAAUCCAGUGGUGUAUUUUCUGAAGGACUUGGAAGUGUGGAGAGACGUUCCAGCAGGUUCUCAUACGGCAGGGACUCGGAACCAGCUCCUGCACUACAGAAACCAACUAUCAGAGUUAAGGAUGUUGUAAAAAUUGAUAAGGAGCUAGAGGAGGAAAAAAUAAAAGCAGCAUUUGGUGAGACGGGGUCCGAUGAAGAGGCGGAGGACUUCAAGCAUGCGCUGGACGUGGAAGCACCGGUCAAACUGCCCAUGGAUGAUGGUGGCUGGGCUAGUAAACAGAAGGCGGCGAGGGCCAGACAAACAGUAGUUGUCAAGGAGGAGCCAACAGACGGAGCCAGCCCACUGUUAGAUGUGAAGCCGCCAAUAGAUAUGAAAGAAGUAUUUGAGGACACAAAUGUUGUGAAUCUACUGAAGAGUGACCAACCGUCGUUGAUAUUGUUACAGCUGGCGGACAGUCUGCCGGGGCGCGGCGGGGCGGCAGAUGAGCCCCGACGGAAGGACCAGCCAACCACGUCCACUGAUACAGAGGAGAAGCCAGUGGACAACCGCUGUCGGCUGUCGGAGCUGGAGGAGGGUCGCAUCGGCAGCCUGCGCGUGCACCGCUCCGGCCGCGUCACGCUCAAACUAGGCGACACGCUAUUCGAGGUGUGUUCGGGAACGAAAGCAUCUUUCUACCAGGAGGUCGUCUCCGUGGGUGUGGACGAGUCCUCGCGCUCCGCUAACCUCGUGUCCCUGGGUCCGCUGCAGCACAAACUCAAUGUGACUCCGCACUGGGAGUCCAUGUUUCAGGACAUGGCGGUUUAGACCAUAGACAAGGCGGAUGGCGAAAUCCUAUUAUUGUAUUGUACAGUUUAUGUAAUAAAAACAAGUUUUGUUAUUAAACCCU